GGGACGUAGCAGUGGUGUUACGUCAGCACUUGACGAACGUACACACACACGCACACACAUACACACACAUACACAGCUCUCGCUCUCUAUAUAUAUUUAUACACACACACACACACACAUACAUAUCUACACGUACACACGCACCAAAGAGAUGGCGGAGCAACCGUCUAAGACAGAUAUUUCGGCUGUCUUCAAGCGACUUAAAUCUAUUCCAUGUAACAAGCAAUGUUUUGAUUGUGGCAGUAACAAUCCUACAUGGGCCAGUGUAACUUAUGGAGUAUUCCUGUGUAUAGAUUGUUCAGCAGUUCACAGAUCCCUUGGAGUCCAUGUUAGCUUUAUCCGGUCUUCCCAGCUUGAUACCAGCUGGACAUGGUUGCAACUGCGUACCAUGCAGGUUGGAGGUAAUGGAAAUGCGAUCAGUUUCUUUCGGCAACAUGGCUGCACUACCAAUGAUGCCCAGCAGAAGUACCAUAGCCGUGCUGCCAAUCUCUACAGGGAACGUUUGCUAACUCAGGCUCAAAACAUGAUGAAACUUCAUAAAGACAAGCUGCACCUGGAUAGUACUACCCAUGUGGAGGAACCAACACCACCAAAAGAAGUAGAUUUCUUUGAGGAAGUUUCUGACAAUAUUUUGCUGUGCAACAACAGCACAAAUGGUAUUACAGACAGCUCUAAAGUCUUUUCAGAAACACUCACCCAUAACAACAACAAUGUCAAACUCUCAGCAACAAAACUUUAUACAGACACUAAUGUUGCUGAAGGUCCAAAUGUGGAUGUUGCCUUAAGUUUAUCAUCAAACCAAACAGAACCCAGAAAAUCUGUGUUAACCUCGAAAAAAACUAGUACUUCCAAGAAAGGCAAAGGUGGCCUUGGAGCACAAAGAGUGAAGGCAAAUUUUACAGAGAUCGAAUCUCGUGCACAGCGUAAGGAUAAAGAGAAAGAAGACCUGGAGGCUUUGAGGAAUAUGGAACAAGUGAGGAAUAAAGCUGAAGAAGAAAGGCAAAUUGCCUCGAUGAAAUUAGCAUAUCAAGAUAUGAAAUUAGAAAGGAAGAAAGAAGAGGAAAAAUUAAAAUCUUCUGACCCCCAAAAAGCAGCUCAACUGGAACGGCUUGGGAUGGGUUUUUCCGGUAGUCGAGGGGUCAGUCACUCCAUUCUCUCAGACAUGACCGUCAUCGACCAAGAGACACCAAGUGGCCGGACAUCAAAUUCCUCUAAUUUGGAUAGAUUUGAAAGCAGCCAGAGUGGUCGCGACUUUUUUGAGGAUGAAUUUGACAAGUUAGGAGGCUUUUCUUUAAGCUCUAAGUACCGUGAUGGUAUGUUUGGCAGCAGCAGCAGUGGUGGUGGUAGUUCCAGUUCAAAUUCCAAAUGGGGUUAUUCUAACCGAACUGGUUCUUGGGAUGUUGAUAGAUUUGAAACUAAAACUAGUUUUACAGACCCAGUUCCCAGCUAUGAUGAUUCUGAUAAGCCAAGCCGCAACAGAAAAGUUGUUGAAGUCGAAACCUCUAGCACUGCUCAGAACAAAUUUGGCAAUGCUAAGUCAAUAUCAUCGGAUCAGUUCUUUGGGCCAAGAGACCCUGCGAUGGAGCACAAAGCGACUUUGAGCAAGUUUGCAGGCAACUCAAGUAUCUCCAGCGACGACUUCUUUGGAAGGACUUCACGUGGUUCCAAUUCGGAUUCCGGCCAGUACUCCGGAACUGACCUCUCUGACAUCAAGGAGGGAGUCCGACAAGGAGUUACUAAGGUAGCUGGCAAGUUGUCAAGCCUCGCCAAUGGAGUGAUGUCUUCAUUACAGGAAAAAUAUGGCAGUUGAUGUCUCACAUUUGUCUACACUUGAUUCGCCUCUGUCAUCCUAGAAUUCCAUUUUCUGUGAUGAUGAUGAUGAUGAUGAUGAGCUCUUGAGUCUGACAACAAUAUUUUCAUCCUCCAAAAAAGUAAAAAAAAAAAAAAUUGUUGCUACUA